UUUUUGCACUUGCUAUUCAAUACGAUACAUAAUAAUACGCCAACUUGCUCUCUCUCUCUCUCUAUUUAUUCAAAGAAAGAGAAAGUGAGAAAUAUACUGCAUGUAUGUAUAUAUGUAUCUCAAUCCUCCAGAGUUCUCUCAAAGUCAGAAAUCACUAAAUACCCCUCUCACCCUUUCUGGAUCCUAACACCCAAGUCGCCCAUAAUUCUUUUGUCCCCAUACACACACACACACAUAACCAUUUUCUCCGACAUUAAUUAAAACCACAACAUACAAGCAAACACAAGAGAGCACAAAGUUAGCAAAGAGAGAUAGAGAAGGAUGAAGAUCCAAUGUGAUGUGUGUGACAAAGUGGAAGCCUUGGUCUUCUGUCCUGCAGAUGAAGCUGCUCUUUGCCACACCUGUGAUCGCACCAUUCACCACGCCAACAAGCUUGCAACCAAACACGCUCGCUUCUCUCUCCACUACCCCACCUCCCAAGACUUCCCUCUUUGUGAUAUCUGCCAAGAGAAGCGUGCAUAUGUAUUUUGCCAAGAAGACAGGGCCAUACUAUGCAGGGAAUGUGACCUUCCUAUCCACAGAGCCAAUGAGCAUACACAAAACCAUAACAGGUUUCUUCUAACGGGUGUGAAGCUUUCUGGCACUUCUUUGGACCCCAUUUCGUCGUCCUCCACCAAUUGCACCACUGGCUCCCAAGCUCGAUCUAAAAUGAACAGACCCAGAUCAGUUUCCAAUGAAAAUGCGAGUUCUUCUUUCAAGGUUGAGGACAACGUAGCUAGUGACACCGGUUCGGUUUCAACAACUACAAGCAGCAUUUCUGAGUACUUGAUUGAAACAAUACCCGGUUACUGUUUCGAAGACCUUCUUGAUGCUUCAUUUGCACCUAAUGGUUUCUGUAAGAAGCAGGACUAUGAAUAUGAUCAUCGUUGGGCAUUUCAGGAGAUAGAUCUUGAAGUUAGGACGCGUUUGUUUCCCUAGAUUGGUUCUUUGGUUGGAGUUAAGGGAAUUGUAGAAGCGAAGGGGUUCAUUGGGGAUAAGAAAUGGAGUCAUUAUUAUUAUUAAGGUUUUGUACCAUUCCUGAAACUAGUCAUCAAAAAAUUUGAUGAUAUAAACUAUUUGUAAAAAUCUGUUGGAAAAUAUCUUCUUUGUUUUUAUGGUCUGCAUUUCUUUUUUGGUU